AUGGCCACAAUGGCGUCCAAGGAUGCCUCAAUUAGCGCAGAGCGCCUUCCCAUGCCCUCGAGGAACCCGCUACCGCUCUCCGCGACGCAAGAAGCUCAGGUCCGCGACAUCUACUACACUCGCGUGCGAAACCACUGCGCUCCCGAGAUCAAGGGACGCCGCGCGGGAAGAGUGGUUCGCAAUGCGACUUGCUCGACAAAGGAAAGGGAGCGCAAGUCGCUCAAGAAGACGGCGCAAGAAGAUUUCAUAAGGGAGUGGUGGGGAAUGCCGGAGCGUGACGAGGAGUCGCGGCGGAAGCUCGCGGAGAAGCUGGCUCUAGAGGAGCGAACCAAUGAGCUAUAG